UUCUCAUUGACCAUGUCCCACCCCGCGCCUCGCCGCGCUCUCUUCCUCCCUAUCUGUGUCGCACACGCGCGCGCAGCAGAGGGAGGCGGCGGCCGCCACCGCAGCAGCAGCAACAGCUGUAGCUCGGCCAGCCAGCUCCGAGCCUGAGCGCAGAGGCGAGGCGAGGCGAGCGAGCCGAGACCAGGCAGCAUGGCGGGGCUGCGCUACCCGCCGCAAAGCAGCUACUGCCGCGCGGCCACGGCCAUGAACCUCCUGCUCGGCGUCUUUCAGGUCCUCUUGCCCUGCUUUCGCCCGGGAGAAGCGCAGGGCCAAGCCAUGGACCCCAUCCCCAACGUGGUGGAGUUGUGGCAAGCGGAGGAAGGGGAGCUCCUGCUGCCUGCUCAGGCUGAAUCAGAGGAGGAUGUGGAAGAUCAUCCACAAGAGCAGAGCUUCUCUGCGAAAAUGUCAAAUGGGAGGGUCCUUCAUUUUCACCCUUCAAUUCUCCAUUUUGGAAUGCAGUUGCUGGGACUGCCUAAAGCUAAAAUGCUAUGUGCUUACAAUCCUAGUAAGGAUAAAGAUGUUAUAGUGAAUUCAAUGUUUACAGCUACUAGGCAUUUUCAUGUGUCUCCUGUUCAUAGCAGGGUGAUUCCAGCAAUGGGAAAAAAUUGUUUCAGAGUACUGUUUCUUCCAUUAGAAGAAGGCAGUUUUGAAAGUACAUUAUUUAUAAAUACCUCAUCUCAUGGAAUAUUUUCAUAUCAGGUCUUUGGAACAGGAACUUCAAGGACCAUUUCGGAAGACUCUAGAAAGCAACUAGCAAAUACUUAUUUACUGCUUCCACAUAUCAACAGUAUCCAGAUCUCACAGACACUGGCAGAAACUAGGAAUGUCAGUCACUUAAAAGUUCGUCUUGAAUGCCGAUUACUUAACAAAUUGUAUCAGCAUUUUAAGAGUUGCUGCUUUGCAUCUGAUGGCCUAAUGCUGCUAGAGAUAAGCUUAAUGGUCAAAAUGGAAAAUAUGCAACAUGAAUUUGUGGACCUUAGACAGUACUUACUGGAAAACCUUUUUGUAGUUUAUGUAGCAAUGGACAAAACACAGACCUCUGAUGAUUCCCCAGUAGUCUUGUAUGUGUUGCAUUCAGGGAGCAACCUUCUUUAUGUGCAGGAUGUAAAACACUUGUCACAGGAAGGAAAAUUUUCUGUGCAGUUUGAGCCAAUAUUGCUGCCAUCACUGACCACAAAUUUCACAAGAGUUGCUUCUGUUGUUUGUAAAGGUACGUUGUGUGGCCCUGGAAGCAAUCACAUUGCUAAUGAGAGGACGAAUCUGUUAGACAGUACAGCUUUGCCAAAAGCAUGCCAUUCCCAUCCUGUAAUGGAAGGGUAUGUUGGAAUCGAUCCAUUUGCAACGGUAUUUUAUAUAGAACCACAUCGCAGUAUUUCUGCAUCUUGGUUAAUAUGGUUUACCAACAAUUUUGAUUUUAGCAUUGUGCUAAAUGACGUAUAUGUUUCAAGAGAAACAAAGGAUAUUUUAAAGGUUCUGAACUUCACAGAUCCUUUGACUCUACCUCCAGGAUGUUGGAAUGUGUUUUCCUUGAAACUCCACAUCAAAGAAUCAGUAACAAGUUUAUUUUCCAAUAUUUUUGUGGCCACAAAUAUUGGAGUGAUAUUCGAGAUACCGCUGCAAAUUUAUUCUGCUUUGUCACAGAAGGGAGAUCUUCAUUUUGAAGCCAUAGCACAUCGUGAUGUGUACUGUUCCUUGCGAAUGUCAGACACAGCAAAUCUGCUUUGGGAAAGGAGCCUAUCUCUGGACAGUUCUACAUGGAGUGUGGAUUCUGACCUUGCAUAUCAGCUCCAUGAAAAAUGGCAAAAAAUUAAGCACAAUGAAAUUUGCAGGAGAAAUAUUGGGGAACUUGUUCAAGCAUCUCAUCAGAAGGAUCAUAAAGAAGAAUCCUUUGCAUUACCUUUACCCCACUUGGUUACAGAGCUUGGUCUCACAUUGAACUUCAGUGCAGCUGCACCAAUGAAUAGCAUGGUAAAAUACUUUACACUAAGAAACCCUUCAUCUUUCCCAGUUAUGUUGCAACUCCUGCCUCUUUCUUUUUAUCCUGAUCCUCGCGCUCCAUUGACUCUACUCAGCAAAUGGUUUGGUGCAAAUGUACAGUCUAUUAACUUCACAACCACUGAAUUUAGAUUGACAGAAGAUUAUGCUCACAGGGACGAACUACAGGAAGACCACGAUUACAUUGGAUCUAGUUCGGAGCUGCUUUAUUUAAAAUUGCAGCCUUUAGAAACUAAGAGAGUUGGUGUUGUCUUCACCCCUAUUGAUUACAGAAGGGUAAACUCCCUUAUACUGGUCAGGAAUAAUUUGACUGUUCUGGAUGUGGUUUAUGUCGAAGGCAUUGGAGCCAGAGAGCUGUUGAAAGUAGGGGGAAGGUUGCCAGGGGCAGGAGGAUCCCUUCGAUUUAAGGUGCCAGAAUCAACCCUUAUGGACUGCAGGAGACAACUGAAAGAUGGCAAGCAAAUUUUAUCCAUCACAAAGAACUUUAAGGUUGAAAACGUUGGUCAUCUUCCUAUCACUAUAACGUCUAUGAAGAUUAAUGGGUACAGCUGCCAGGGUUAUGGAUUUGAAGUACUCAAUUGCCAAGAUUUUUUUCUGGCACAGAACUCUUCGCGGGAGAUUAGCAUUGUGUUUACUCCAGAUUUUACUUCUUCAUGGGUUAUCCGUGAGCUGACUCUGGUGACUGCUGGUGGUGUCGAGUUCCACUUCACUCUCAAUGUGACUCUUCCUCACCAUCUUUUACCACUGUGUGCAGAUGUGGUACCAGGGCCCAGCUGGGAAGAGUCCUUCUGGAGGCUUACAGUGCUCUUUGUCAGUUUGUCUCUUCUGGGUGUGAUUUUGAUAGCUUUCCAGCAAGCGCAGUACAUCCUAUCGGAAUUCUUGAAGUCAAGACAAAGGCAGAAUCCCAGUCCUUCUGCACUGCCAAACAACAGUUCUGUGGACAUCAUCAGCUCUGAAACGUACAAGAGCAGUUGCAAAACCUUUACGGAUACUUACGGUUCUUCUGAUAAAGGGAAAGGAAAAGGCUCCCUUUCUGUGGGCACAGCAACUAGCCGGAGUCAGAAUGCUGCCAAAAGGAGUCCAGCAACAUACAGUCAUUCUCAGAAGAAGCACAAGUGCUCUGUAUACUAUGGUAAACCAAAAUCGAGCACAGCAACCAGCACCACUAUUCUAACAACUGAUGACAAACAGAACCCAGCGGUCGAAAAUCAAACUCCAGCAGCAAAGGAGGACAUUUGCACUGUUAGUGAGACUUGGCUGAGCCUGAAAUAUGCCAGUAGCAUAAAUGUAAACAUGCAAAAGAACUUGACGCACCCAGGGAACUUUCUAGAUAAAGAAGAGAGUGCAUUGAAAAAUGCAACGCCUAUAAAAAAUACUUCUUCAGAGUGCAAUUUGAAGGAGGGUCUUCGAACAAGUAUGUUUCCUAAGGAAACGAACCUUAAGACUUCAGAAAAUGUAGCUGAGCUCAAAGAACCUGAGCUGUGUCCUUUGAAGUCAUCAAAGAAGCUGUCUGAAAGUCGCUUCCCAAGACAUUCACCUCAGCAACAACCGGAAUUUCAAGAAGUUUCCAGGAAAAACAAUGGGAAUAGCCAGCAGGUGUCUCUCAGGAAUGAAAUAGAAAGCUGUGACUCUUUGAAAAAGCAGGUGAACACAAAGCCCUCAGCAGAGAAGGCGAUAAAUAAAGGGCCUAAAGAUGAACUGCAGUGCUGUGGAAAACGGGAAGUUUCUUCUGCUGAGCAAGAAGAUACUCACCGAAAAAAUGGGUCUCCAGAGAAAAGAGAAGGGCAUGUACCAAAUACAAACUGGAACAGAAAUAGGACAAACAGAAAGAAUAAGAAGAAGCAUGCUAAUUUAUCUGUACGGGUUCCUGAACAGACUGAGUUGAAGCAUGUGUGUAGUGGUUUUGAAAGACCUGAACUUAGAACUAAUGUUAAUAUAAGAAACUGGUGUGGUCAGAGCAAUGGAGAAACAUGUAAAGGAGAAGAGAGAGGUGGCUUACCCACACAGAGAGAAGCAGAAGGUUUCUAUCAGUGGCCGAAGAAGAAGUGCCUGGAAAGGUUUUGCUCGGAUUCAAGCUCAGACUGCGGAAGUUCUUCAGGGAGUGUUCGUGCCAGUCGAGGCAGCUGGGGGAGCUGGAGCAGCACUAGCAGUUCCGAUGGCGACAAGAAGCCAAUUAUUCCUAGCAGGCACUUCCUUCCUUCUAGGGAAAGUAUUUCAUGCAGCGAUUUUCCAGCUGAAACACCCAUCUCUUUAAACCCAUCUCACAAAAUCUGCAACACCAGAGAUGUGAAUGGUGUCCCUCAGUAUCCAGAAAACCUAUGCCCCAACUUCCCUGACAUAAGUGUAGAUCCAGACAAAAAUAAAGGUCUUUAUCCAGCGGGGGACCUGUGGCCGCCUCAACCUGUGUGCCUGCCAAAUAGCGUGAACUACAGCCUUGAGAACAACAUCCCAUGCAUGAUCCAGGAAAACCCUUCAUUACACAAUGGCUUCAUUGAUUGGAAUGCCUCCUGUGAUGGUCAGUUUACCAGCGUGUACUGCCCAGUGGAAGUGAAUGAAUACAAUGCUUUUCCAGAAGAAAAUAUGAACUAUCAUAAUGGCUUCCCAUGCACUGCGGAAGUUCAGAGUACAGCCUUCAUUGAUCACAGCUGCCAAUCUACUUGGAGCACCCCACCCAAUAUCCCUCCAACUUGGGAGCCAAGCAAUUAUGUCAAUUCAACAUCCUACCUCUCAAGCACCAGGAGUUUGUCACCCAUGUCUGGACUCUUUGGUUCCAUUUGGGCCCCCCAGAGUGACAUCUAUGAAAGCUGUUGCCCAGUCAGUGCCACCACUCAGCAUUCAGCCCAGGUGGAAAACCAGGCAGUUCUUUGCAAGCAGGAAUGCUACCCGAGAUUUAACCCAUUCCGUGCCUAUAUGAACUUGGACAUAUGGACUUCAGCAGCCAACCGGAAUGCAAAUUUCCCUCUUUCUAGGGAGUCGGGUUACUGUGGAAACAUGUGAAAAGGAAUUUUAUUUUUAAAAUGUGAAAUAAAAGAUGCUUUCAGUUUUGAUUACUAGAAUAAGCUGGUUGUUGAACUAGACUUCAAUGUUGGUGGAUAUUUUGGCACUUUUGUAUGGAAAAUAAAACUUUUUUUUACUGAG